CUUUUACUCGGGUUCAAGAGAAAGUUGUGGAAGGUUUAAUCAGUCGUUUUGCACUUAGUGUGACCUUUGCGUUCAGCUAUUUCAAGCACAAACCAUCGUUAAACUUCGUUCUAGCUGUAGGAGAAGUUUCAGCGAUCCUCGUAAUUUAAGUGGAGAUGAAAAUUUGAGUAAGUUACCCAAAGCGGAAGUAACGUCUUCGUCUGUCUCUCCCCCGUUCUGUCGUACAAGUUCGCUGACAGCAAUCAUCGAUGGCAGAUGGCUUUGAAUUUAAAGGUUUUAUGCUACAAGUUAGCCAGCGUAUGUCAUCUAGUGACUUUGAACAACUUAAGUAUCUCUUGAAAGGAUAUGUUUCAAACGCCAAAUACGGGGAAAUAAAAGCAGUUUGCGAGUACUUCGAGGAACUCCAAAGGAUAUGCUUGCUGUCCCCGACAAAUUUUGGUGUGUUAAAGAAAGCUCUUGGUUUAAUAGGACGUCAAGAUCUUGUUGAAGAGAUAGAACAAAAAGAGCAAUACUUUGCCGAUUUGUUCAGAGGCAAGAAGGGAGAUAGCUUGGAACCAAAAGAAUAUGAUGCAGUUUGUGAUGGCAUUACAGGUAGGAUCCUGUGGCAUCUUUUGGUUAUUUCCUGUCAAGAAACAAAAACGUUUUCAAACAUAUAUUUCUGAGCACCUGUUGAAUAAGAAAUGCCUCAUUGACUUCAGUUAACAUGACAGGCCAAAUUAAUUCCCACUAAUGACUUCUAUUAACAAUAACUUUUACUUUCCAGAUAAAAUAAACUUUACUUUGUUUUCCUGAUAGGUGAAGCAAUGCACCAACCUUUAUACACACUUGUGUUUAUGUGGUUAUUAACUAAAGUAUUUUUAUUCAUGGUCUAAAAUAAGAAAAGGUUGGUUACCUUUAAAGAUGAUCUGACAAUUACAAGUAGAUACAUGCACAACACAAUUUAAGUCUGUGUGUGGAUCAAAGUUGAUUUGAAACAUACAAUCAUGUGUUUCCUUCAGUUAAUUAAUUUACUAUGCACAUCAUGAAAAAUUGUCAUUAAUAGAAACCAAAAGACUGAAAGAAAGUGCCAUAUUUCUCUUUCAGGGAAUACAUGUAAGUGUAAACAUAUUAAUACUGUAGGUUUAAAGUCCUGGUUACUUUUUAGUUGAUAGCGAUUGAUGUUCAAAUGAAAGAUACAUUUUUUUCCUUCACAGUGCAAGAGAAACUAAAGCUGACAAGCUUAGAAAAUGAAGACAAAGUACAACUGGAGGAAAUCUCAGAUAUAUUUGGAAUAAGUGACAGUGCAGUGACAGAGCUAAGAAAAGAGAACAAGGAAAUGAAGAAAGGAAAUGAUCUUCCAUUAAGGAAGGAGGAAUGGCCCAUACAGUCACAACAUCCUGUUGAAAUGCAGAAUGGUGAUGGUGAUGAGGAAGAGGAAGUUAAACCAACUUCACAUAUGGACAAUGUUGAGAGCAUGGAAAUAACAGUUGAGGACACUGCUCAACCAAACAGUAGUGAGAGUGCUGUGGAGGCAGAAGAUCAUCAGCUAGAAUCCAAGACUACAGAGCAUGCAUUGGCCAGUGUGGAAACGCUCUCUACAACAAAUGAAAAGGAGCCUGUUGAGGAUACAGUCCCUGAUUGUAAUGAGCUGGAGGAUUUAAACACAGCGAAAAACCAAAUCAAACACAGUAUGACAGAAGCAACCACAGGUGCUACAAGCUCACCUCAGCUGGGGGAUGACGCUGUGACUGAUGGUGAGGAAAAUGACAAAGGAGUUAUGGCAGAUUCCAAGAAGGGUGAAAUCAAACCUACAAGUGGCAAAGCCAAACACCAGGGUCCACAACAUCCACAUGGUCCUGGGGCACGACCAAAAGAGCCUCUUUUCAAGAAAGCUAAAACUGCGGACCCUUCAGCAGCUGGCAAACAAAUGGCCACAGAGCAAGCUGAUGAAGUUCCUCCAGAGAUUCUUGCCAGAGGAGCCUCGGCUUUGCUAGCUUAUAAUAAAGCCCUUAGUGAGGGAAAAACCAGUGUCAAGAGAGUGCCUGUCAUGUUGAUUGGCCAGGACCGAUCAGGAAAGACUAGUGUAAAGAAGUCACUAAAGGGACUGGUUUUCAACCCAGAUGAAGACAGCACUGUAGGCAUAGAUGUUGAUCCUGCACAUUUCAAAGUGUCAACAGAUGUUUGGAAGUUAGGGGAGAAGGAUCAAGAAUCAAAUUCUUUUGAUGGAAUUUCCUAUGAGCAUCAUGCAGCACAGCUGAUUGUGGGUAGUUUGAAAGAGAAAAGGCAGAAGCCAAAGGAAAGAUCUUUGCCAGAGCCUGUCCAGUCUGGAAGCACUUCCCUUCCCAGAAGUCAUGCAUUUCCUUCUGAAGUCUCAGGGCAGCCAGAGGAAGGAGGAUAUGAAGCAUUUGAACCGAGUAACGGUAAUCAAGAAGACACUUCUUUCAUUACAAAUGAGGUGCCUGAAGAGAUAGCAACUUUGGUUGAAACGUUGCUUCAAAAGGUCAACAAAGAAGUAGACGAUGAGGAUAUCUAUUCAACUGUGUGGGAUUUUGGUGGGCAGUUUGUCUACUAUGUCACCCAUCCACUGUUUCUUACAGCAAGAGGAAUUUAUCUCCUGAUUUAUGAUCUUAGCCAGAACCCACACGACAGAGCCAACCCUCCUGUGAAGCGAGGAAUGUUCAAGAAAGUUGAAGACAACUUUUGCCUGAAAACCAAUUUGGAUUAUCUAGAUUUUUGGAUGACCCAUGUUGCUUCCCUAAUUAGUCAUGAUGAAGUCAGUAAAAAACAUUCAGAUUAUGAAUCUUUGUUACCAGAUAAACUUCCUCCUGUGUUCUUGGUUUGCACUCAUGCUGAUACACCUAAUGGUGGUGGUAAUCCUCGUGAACUCGCUCAUGAAAUUUUUGAUUGGCUUCAGAGCAAGCCAUACAGUUCCCAGUUGGUCGAACGUGUCUUUGUUGUGGAUAACACAAAGUCGGGCAGUUUAUCUGAAUGUCCAGAUGUUGUGAAUCUGCGAAAAGAAGUCCUUGAUGUAGCUAAGGAGCUACCACAGAUGAAAGAAGCUAUUCCAAUCAAGUGGCUGAAAUACGAGAAGGCACUGCGAGUCAUGAAGGAAGAUGGCUACAAACACAUUUCUCUUGAAAGAGCUAAACAAAUUGCAUCAGAAGUAUGCACAAUUAGUGAAGAUGAAGAGAUUUUGACAUUGCUGAAUUUGUUACAUGACCAGAGAAUAUUGAUUCAUUUUGACGAUAGUCCAGAGCUGAACAACUUGGUGGUCUUGGACCCUCAGUGGUUGAUUGAUGUGUUUAAAAAGGUGAUUACUGUUAAGCCUUAUGAUUACAAGGAAAGAAAAUUUAAAGAGCUAUGGCGUAAACUCGAGACAACAGGCAUUCUGGAGGAAGAACUUUUAAAACAUGUUUGGGGCCCUUUGUUUGAUCACAAAGAAACUUCUGAGAGUCUUAUUGCAAUCAUGGAAAAGUUCAGCUUGCUUUGUCCUUUGCCGUCAUUAAAUGCACCAUGCAGUAGGCAGUAUCUGGUGCCAUCCAUGUUGAUGUCACUCCCUCCCAAAGGUAUUAUCAAGUUGGUUGCCUCUGCUCAGCUUCCCUCUCUUUUCCUGAGAUUUGAUUCUGGUCGGGUUCCUGCAGGCUUGUUUCCCCGACUCGUAGUGAAGUUCUUUCAGUGGUGCGCUGAAGAAUUUCCAAGCCAGUAUGUUCACCAAUUUUUUCAGAACUUUGCUAGGUUUUAUAUCUUGCCAGAUGAAGACUUUUCCGUGGUCUUUCUUUGCCAUUCAUCUUCACUUGAGGUCAUUAUUCUUGGUGAAAACAGUAGUCGUCUUACUCUAGCAGGACUUUUUCGUUCAAAAGUGGACUUGUCUGCAAGGUUUUGCCAUGGCAACACUGAUAUGAGUCCUGCCCAUUUUGUACGUAGCCAACUAGCAUUGAUGAUUGAUUCGAUGCGCAAUGAGUUCUUUUGGCUAAAAAGCAUUAGAUGUGAAAUGAGUUUCCUCUGCCCAGUCUGUUGUCGACAAGGUGAGGUCAGCUACUGCCAAAAUCAUCGUGCAAAGGGUUGUAAGCAAGAAGAAUGCCUUCACUUCUUCUCUGAGACUGAGAUGUACAAAUCUAAAGGGAUCAUCAUGUGCACCAGGUCUGCUACCGCACAGGAUAACAGAAUUCAGGUCAAGCAGUUUGCUCCGUGGUUUGCAUUUUCCCAAGAAAAUCCACAGGAAGGAAGUACCGAAUCUCCUGAGAGACUUAGUCUGCCUUCUGUGGAUGGUCACCAAAACACGUCUCUGGCCUUGCCUAGCGACAUUCUAGAAUCGCUUCAUUCACAAUCAUGUGAUGCCCAGGGCGUUGUACUUCAACUACAAGAGAACCUACAGCUAAACCAUUCCUCACUGGAGAAGCCCGAGUCCGAGACCAAGGGAUGGAUCCGCUACCUGGCACGUGAGGCAAAGUCUUCCAACAAGCUUGAUGUGGUCAAACAUCUGAGGGAAAUUGUACCAGCUGGUACCACAGGUAAGUGUGAAAAAGAUGUACUGGCAUUUAUACCAUGCCAUAGAAAAUACUGUCAAUCAGAAUACAGGAAAUUAAAGCUGUUUUAUUGUUACGAGUGUCGUUGUAGAGCAGGGUUGUUCCCAGACAGAACUCAGGAUCGCUGGUAACAGCGAAAAACUAGU